AUGUCUGUAAUUACAUGGGAUCAUAUUGACAAUCAGCAAACUUUACUAACAGAAAAACAGCUAGAAUCAGUAUUUCUGCUGAAUUCACUGAAUUCAAUACACGGAGAAACUACAUUAAGCAGUACUACUACUCGUACCACCUUCAAUGCCAAUCAGACUGACAAAUACGAGUGUCAAACUACGCAAGAUGAUGUGUCUAUACAAUCAGCCUCACAUUUCUAUUCAUGGCUGUGGUCUGUUGAACAAAAACUUAGUGCUGAAAUACCUGAAGUACCAAGUGAAUUUUUGACUUUUUUAUCUCGUAAAAAGUUGGAAUGUUCAAAAAUUUUAAGCAUCGUUGAAGAAAUUUUGUCCAAGCUAUCGAUUUUGGAAAAUAAUUACUUAAGCAUAUCGCAGAGCACUAAUGAAUUACAUGAGCUGUGCGAACAUCUAUUAAGGCAACAGAAUGAAAUGAUUGAAUAUGCCAGUUCAAUUGAAGAAUGUCUAACCAAUUUUGUUCAAGUGGAUAUGAUCCAAGCUGAACUUGGAGUUUCCAACUUCAUCGUAUCUCGUGAUAAGUUGCUGCCAAUUUUAAAUAAACUCGAUUCAAGUUUACUUUAUUUUCAAGAACAUCCAAAUUUCAAAGAAUCUCCAAACUAUUUAAUCAAAGUGAAAUCCUCACUUAAAAUAGCUCUUGAAUACAUUAAAAGUAAUGUAACUAAUAUUAUAGAAAGAACCAUAAAUGAGCUUUUGGAGUUGCAUGAUGUUAUCAGCCCUGAGAAUUCAUUUAUUUUACUUUACGGACGAUUUCGUUCACAAGGACCAAAGAUACGCUCGUUGAUGACACUUUUAGAAGAAAGAAUACACGUUACUGAUGAAUAUGCUCAGGUAAUUCAAGAGUGUCAUAAAUUUUACUUACAUCAUCGCCAAGAGUUAUUGACACCUGUUGCACAAAAUGGAGUUUCAGAUCUUCUUCAAAAAUAUGCUAGUGAUCAUUGUACACUACUUCGCACUGCUGGAACAUUCAUAGUACAUAUGUGUGAAGAUGAAAUGCGUUUGUUUAAUCAAUUCUUUUCACCAAACUUUUCACAGUCAAUUAAUCAAAUGUUGUUUAAAUUAUGUCGAUGUUUGUAUGAUGCUGUUAGACCUUUAAUAAUUCAUAUCAAUCACGUUGAAAUAUUAUCUGAACUUUGUGAUAUAUUGAAGGAUGAAUUACUUCAACAUGAUGAUGCUAAAAAGACAACUAAUUCACCAGAUAUUCUGGCAUUUAAUGAUCUUUGUGGAAUGUUGUUGGCUGAUAUUCAAGAAAGAUUAAUAUUUCGAGCACAUAUAUAUAUUAAAUCACAAAUUUUUGGUUUUGUUCCAAGCUCAGGAGAUCUUUCGUAUCCUGAAAAAUUGGAAAUGAUGAACGACAUAGCAAAAAGUGUUUCGAUGCCUAUUAAUUCAAAUAAUUCACCAGAUAAAGAAAAGGAGCAUGAAAACUCCGAAGCAAUUGUCGCAGAAGGUGAUUCUUCCGAGUCCAAUUUACAGGAUAAACCUACUAAUUCUGAUCUAGCAAUUCAACCAGGACUUAAUAUGUCUUUAGCUCCAGCAGAUUUACAUGGUAUGUGGUAUCCAACAGUACGUCGUACUUUGGUAUGUCUCUCAAAACUCAGUCGUUGCCUAGAUGCUGAUUCUUUUCGUGGCUUAGCCCAAGAAUGUGUAUCUAUGUGCGUUCAGUCAUUAGUGAAAGCAAGUGAUUUAAUUAGUCUCCAUCGGACAACCAUUGAUGGUCAAUUAUUUCUUAUCAAACAUCUGUUAAUACUUCGUGAACAAAUGGUACCAUUCGGCAUUGAAUUUUUAGUUAAAGAAACUAGCUUAGAUUUUUCUCCCUAUAAAAAUGUAGCACGCAGUAUUUGGGAACAAAAAGGCACUGGGUUAUUCUCAUUAAAUAAAGAAAAUGCAUUAUUACGAUUUUUAUUAGAAACCCCAAAUGCUAUUGAUAUUGAAUUAGAUUCUAGACGUCAGUUAGAUAGUCAAUUAAAAUAUACUUGUGAACUACUUAUUGAACAACAAGUUUUACAAUUAACCGGUGAACUGUCAAAUUUUCUUAAACGGGCUCAUUCAAUUCUAGCCGCACCAGGUGCACGUCUUGCUGACCAACCGUUUGCAAAUCCAUCAUACAUAAAGGAAAUAGUUUCGAAUGCGCACCGAUUACUCUGUAUAGCACUUGGUCGUAGUUCUAGUUCAAAUCGUCCUGAUACAGUAAAUCACAAUAGUGUGCCAAAUUUACGGAAAUGUUUACAUAUUUAUCUAGCUAAUCCAGAUACAGAAAAUAUUUUAUUACGUCGUAUUCAAUCAGGUGUUAUAUCACAAUGGAGAUCUAUGUAUCAAUUGUUAACUGAUCAUUAUAAUGAUGAAGAUCGUAUGAUAAUCGGUUGUCCAACGGAAAGUCAAAUUCGACUUAUAUUUCAAGAUAAUUGGAAUCGUUCAAUUCUAUCAACAUAA